CUUUAUGCUCUUUAGUGUACCAGGUCUAGCGAGUGAUGAUGGAACAGUGGAAAGGCAAGGUUGCUAUAGUGACAGGGGCCAGUGCAGGUAUAGGGGCUGCUAUAGCUCAGGCUCUGGUACAUCACGGGAUGGUUGUGGUGGGGCUGGCCAGGAGACAGGAGAAGAUGCAGGAAAUGUCGGAGCAGCUGGCUAAGUCUAAAGAACCGGGAAAACUGUACUCUUUGAAAGUUGACUUGAGACAAGAAGAAGAUAUACUCGCUGCUUUCGAUUGGGUGUACAGUAAACUGGGGGGUGCUGACGUAUUAGUAAACAACGCCGGAUUGGCUGUAUGUGGUUCUAUACGAGACGGAAAGACAGAGGACUGGCGGAACUUAUGGGAAGUAAAUGUCUUGGCCGUCACCAUUUGCACCAGAGAGUACCUCAAGACCUUGGAACAGCGGAAAAUCCAAAAGGGACAUAUUUUUAUUAUUAACAGUAUUGCAGGACACACCCCCGAUGUCUAUACGUACCCCGUGUACACGGGGACGAAGUACGCAGUCAGGGCCAUCUCCCAGUGUCUCAGGAGAGAACUCGCGGAGAAGAACAGCAGUAUCAAAGUAACCAGUAUCAGUCCCAGCAUGACACGGACAGAAGCUACGAGACACUUGCUGGAUCAGCUGGAGUCCCAAGCUAUCCUGGAGGCUUCAGACGUAGCUCAAGCUCUGGUGGACGCCUUAGCAACUACUUCUGUCACUCAGAUUUGUGAGAUGGUCAUCACACCGAUUCCUACUAAUCUGAUCUACUAAGCCAGAAGACAUCGACAAUCAAUACAAACAAUUCUAUAUGUAUCACUGCGUGCAUUAAUAAAAUACUUUAAAUUUGGACCAGGUUA